AUGGCUUCACCGAGAGUGGUUGACCUCGCGAUCGAUACCGCCUCCUAUAUCCGGGCACACCUGGGGUUGACCCUGGCCGUCGCGGUCGUUGUGUAUUUUGUCGCCCAACGGUACAAGACUGGUCUCCGGCACAUACCGGGCCCCUUUGUCGCGAGCUUUUCAGGCUUCUGGAGGGCGUGGGAGGUUGCCAAGGGAGACUGGCACAUCAAAAACCUGGAACUACAUCGACAGUAUGGACCGCUCGUCCGCAUCGCUCCGAACGUCGUCAGUGUCUCGGACCCGGAUGCUCUGCGUGUCAUCUACGGACUGAACAGCGGGUUUACAAAGACAGACUUCUAUCCAAUCCAGGAAAUGAAAUAUGGGAAAAUCUACUUGGCCAAUCUCUUCUCCACCAAAAGCGAUGAGUUCCACGCAAAGCAGAAGAGGUCGGUGGCGAGCGCGUACUCCAUGACCUCGAUGCUCGCCUUUGAGCCCUAUGUCGACAACUGCUCCGAGCUGUUCUUCAAGAGGCUCGACGAGCUCUACGUCAACCCUCACCAACCCUGCGAUCUGGGGAAGUGGCUCCAGCUCUACGCCAUGGACGUGAUCGCGGAAGUCACCUUCGGCAAGCGGUUUGGGUGCAUGCAGGAGGGCGGCGACGUGGGAGGCUUGAUCGACACCAUCGACAAAUUCCUGGUGUACGCCUCCGUGGUGGGCCAGGUGCCCUAUCUCCACAAGUUCCUCUUCGGCAACCCGCUGCUCCCGUACAUCCUCCCCGGGCUGGACAGCAUCAACCACGUCGUCAAGUUUACGCUGGAGCGGAUCGCCGAGCGGGAGAAGGACCCCGAGCGCCACAAGGACUUCCUGGGGCGGCUGUACGAGGCCAAAGCCGAGGGCAAGAUGGAGGCGGUCGACACCAUCCGCCACAGCAGCGCGAACGUCUUCGCCGGCUCGGACACGACGGCCAUCGCGCUGCGGUCCGCGAUCGAUGGACUGCUGACACACCCGGAGUGUUAUCGCAAGUUACAGGCGGAGAUCGACCAGAAGCGGGCCGAGGGCAAGCUGUCCCUGCCGGUCAAAUACGCCGAGGCGCAGCAGAUGCCUUAUCUGCAGGCCGUGCUGAAGGAGGGCAUGCGCUACCACCCGUCGGUGUCGUUCCUGCUGGAGCGGCACGUGCCAAAAGGCGGCACCGUGAUCUGCAACACCCGCAUCCCCGAGGACACGAUCGUCGGCGUGAACGCGUGGGUGGUCCAUCGGGACCGCAAGGUCUUUGGGGACGACGCCGACGUCUUUCGCCCGGAGCGGUGGCUGGAGGCCGACGAGGCGCAGCUGAAGGCGAUGGAGAGGGCCUUUUUUGUGUUCGGCGGCGGCUCGCGGACCUGCACGGGCCGCAACAUCAGCCUGAUGGAGAUGUCCAAGGUGAUCCCGUCACUGCUGAUGGUGUACGACAUCGAGCGCGCGGACCCCAAGGCCCAGGUACACACCACGACGUACUGGUUCGCCGUGCAGCGGGGGUUGGUGUGCAAUAUCAGGAAGAGGGAUGUGAAGACUCACUAG